AUGGUUGUAGCGUAUAACCUAAGGUUUGGCGAUUCACAAGAGGCUCGACAAAUGUUGAUAGAAAUGAUAAAAAUUUUUGCAGAAUGUACUGACAAAGUUUUGUACAAGUCAUCAAAAAAGGGCAUAAAAGGAAAAAAAGUAUUAUGUGAAACUUGUAAAAUGGAACACACAUUAACACUAAGCAAUUCUAACUAUUUCGUUGGGAUCGAUUUAGAAUAUCAGCUGCAAAUGCUACUAGAAAAUAAAGAGACUGCAAAAUAUUUUGUUCCAAAAGACACAGAUUAUCAUGAAAGCAAAGGUAAUGAGAAAGUUAUACGCGAUAUCGAUGACAGCAUUUUGCAUAAAACUGCCACUGGAAAGUAUGCGGCAACAAUAACUUAUAUUAUAAGUACAGAUGGUGCACCAUUAUUUCAUAUUUCUAAAGGAGGAUUUUGGCCCCUUCAAAUAAUUAUAAACAAUUUACCCGCUCAUCUAAGAUUUAAAUUUGUAUUACUAGUAGGUUUAAUGAUUGUAAAAAAUGAACCUAAACCAAAUUUAAUGAAUCUUUUCAUUCAAUCAUUUAUAGAACAAGCUAAUAAUUUACAUUCAAAAGGGAUGAAAGUCAAAAUUGCACAUCUCAACACUGAAAUUGAAAUACAUUUCACACUAUCUGGUGUUGUCGCAGACUCUGUCGCACGCGCUGUUCUCCAAUUCAGGUUUCAGUUUAAUGGAUAUUUUGGUUGUAGUUAUUGUUACCAACGAGGGUUAUUUAUUUUUAAAAUAGGGAUCAGAUAUCCUUUCGUAUCAGAAGAACCAGAACUGAGAACUCAUGCUUCUCACAUGAAAGAUAUCGCUUGUGUCAAAGAACACGGCUCUUUUUUUCAAGGAGUUAAGGGCGAAUCAGCUUUCGUUGAUUUCGCAAAUAUUGACAUGGUAUUGACUAUAUUCUGUUUGUAAAUAGUAUGUUUGUUCUGUUGAAAACCGAAAUAUCCUAUGAUGAAUUGUACGAGUGC